GGCUGUUCUUGCCAGUCCCACCAUUAACAAUAGUGAAGAAUAGCAGAACCCAAUCUUGUUCUUACCUCUUUCCAAAAAUCUGGUUUUGUGGAGAUGAACUCUUUAACAUUCUCAGUUGGGAAUUAUAAUCAUACACCCACAAAACUCAGAAUAUCAAACACAUCACUACCAAUUAGUAGUAAUCCUGACACAGCACAGCCACCAUCAAAUCUGAAAUUCAAAUCCUCAGCCCAUAACCAGGAAAGCUAUAACUGUCAACAAAAGGCAAGCCAAGUAAGUCUUCUGAAGAGAAGAGAAGCAAUUGGUGUUGGGUUUUGUAUAGGCCUUGUUGAUGUUCUUUUGCAAUCAAAGCCAACUGCAGCAGCUGAAGCAGCAGCAGCAGCAGCAGCAGCAGGAGGUCCAUGUGAACUAACUGUUGCUCCUUCUGGCCUUGCCUUUUGUGACAAGGUUGUGGGAAUUGGCCCUGAGGCCGUCAAGGGACAGCUUAUCAAGGCACAUUAUGUUGGGAAAUUGGAGAAUGGAAAGGUCUUUGACAGCAGUUACAAUAGAGGAAAGCCUCUCACAUUUCGUGUAGGUGUUGGUGAGGUGAUCAAAGGAUGGGAUGAAGGAAUUCUUGGUGGUGAUGGAGUUCCUCCUAUGCAAGCUGGUGGAAAACGCAUAUUGAAGCUUCCUCCAGAUCUUGGAUAUGGCAUCAGAGGUGCUGGCUGCAAAGGAGGGUCAUGCAUCAUUCCUCCAGACUCAGUGCUCUUGUUUGAUGUGGAGUUCAUUGGAAAGGCAUGAAAUGCCAGAUCUUACCACCCCGUGUACAGCAUAAUAUUGAGAUUUAGUUGCCUUUCUAAUUGCCUGGGAAGAGGAUUAUAUAUAUAUAUAUAUAUAUAUAUAUAUAUAAAUAUUUAUUGUUUCAUAGUAUUCUAAAUCUUACUUUAACUCGAAAAGAAUUACUUGUGUGUAAUUUUGGAGAUAAAUAGAGUUGGUGAUUGUAUUUGAUAAAUAAUUGCUCUUAAAUUUUGAAUAACAUUGGUGAUUAUAUUAAGUUGUUGCUCGAUA